CUCUGGUUCCUGGUCUGGCUUCGUUCCUGAUCCUUUCUUUUCCCAAGUGAAAUACAAAAUCGAUUCCCAUCCUAAUAUCCUACAUUUACAAGUCCUCAAAUACCCGAAGCACUUCACGAUGGCUGCCUCGUCCGUUUCCUCCGCUGUCAACUUCACCCUUCCUUCCUCCAGUUCUGGCUCUUCCAUUAAGCGACCUAUCAAGACUGUCUCUAAGCCUUGUUUUGGCUGCGACUGCGGAGAUGAAGAAUGCGAUUGCUGCGUUUGCACUGUGAUGUGAACAACGCUCGUUGAUUUUCGGGCCAUGCCUAUACCGUCCAAAUAACCUGUGGGCUAUUUUCCCAAUUUGAUGAUACAUACGACUUUCAAUGGGCGCACUCGGAGUUUGUCAUGGGCUGUCGGAGGCAGUGGGUACAUCCAUUACUGAUGCCACCCUUUGCCAUCCACGUUGAUACAUCUUUGAUUUGGCUAUAGCAAAAGUCUUAGCACAGAUUAAUUAAUCUGCUUUGAAAUUCCAGUUUCUAAGCUGGGCUAUUCAGAA